AUGUCGCCUCAAUCUGACCCCGUUUCGUUUCAGCCAGAGGCCGUUUCAUCUCAAUCCGAGCCCGUGUCAUCUCAAGUCCCGGCCGUGUCAGAUUGGGACGCGUUUGAAACGCAGUUGAGACGAGAGGCAGACGAUGAUCCUAUCAUAGAGGUCAACGCCACCACUCUCAACCGCCUCUUUGAACUUCUCACCGCUUCCAACCCCACAGCACUCACCUCUCCUCCCACAUCUCCCUCCUCCAGUCCCUCCUCUACCCCCUCAUCCUCCUUUCACUCCACAACCCCUUCCCCUUCGCUUCCCUUCCCCCAUCCGCACACCUCCCCUUCUCCCCCCACAUCCACCCAUUCCGCCGUCGAAUCCAAGCCAAACCCUUCUGACCUCCCCCACACGUGCCCUAGCCAAACCGGCCAUCAAGGAGCAUGCGACAGCGGGAGUAACACCGUUACCAGCAGCAGCACCGGCACCAGUACCAGCAGCAGCAGCACGACCAGCAGCAGCAGCAGCACAGGCAGCAGCAGCAGCAGCAGCAGCAGCAGCAGGGGCAAGAGCAGGAGCAGCAGGAACGGUUUAGCGAACCGUGCUUCUGCAGUGUGCCGUGCAGCGUGUGUGCUGGUAUACACAGACUGGUGCCCCUUCUCGUCCCAACUGCGCGUGCUCCUCUCAUCCACAGCGCCGCUCUUCCCCCACAUACUGCACGUGGCCAUUGACAAGAAGGAGCUCCGACCUAGCGUUCUUUCGCGCAUGGGCGUGUACAGUGUGCCGGCGCUGUUCCUGCAGAACUCCACUACUCGGAUUCGCUACCGGGGCCCACGCACUGCCGCACACCUUUCUGAGUACAUCUCAGCGUUUACUCGCUGUCCCACGAGCUCCCCUUUCUCUCCCCUGCAGCCUUCCCCCAACCCCUUCGCCACUGACUCUUCACCUCUCAGUCUAUGGUUCGGCUGGGAUCAACCUGCUUCCGCAGUCACCUGGGGCUCCAAACGCGUUGGAUCCGACUCACCUUCCCCUGCCACUGACUCAGCACAAGCUGCUGCUGACUCACCACAAGCUGGCGCCAGCACAGGCGCAAGCGUACAUGCAGAAGCGGAAGGCGGAGCAGUGGAUGAGGCAGGCACAGCAGUUGAAGAAGCCAAGCCAUUCCUGCAUGGGGUAGCUUCAAGCUUCCACAUGUGUCCUUACAUGGCCGCUUUGGAAGAUUCCAGGCGGCAAACCAAGCAUCUCAAGCAGCAGCAGUGGUGGCAGCAGGGGGGAGAAUCGGGUGGGGCUCAUGGAGGAAAAGGUGCAAGAGGCGAAGGGAGGAGGGGGGUUGUGUGCCCGUACGCGUGGGCUAUUCGGCCCGAGUCUCUCCUCUCAGAGUCUUUCUGCCUGUGGUUCUCUGGAGUCUUUCUCAUGGGGCGAUGCUUGGUGUGGCUUGUACGGAGGAGGUGGGGGGCAGGGGAUGCUGGAGGUGAGGGGCAGAUGGAAGGGCAGCAGCAGGUGCAGCCAGAGCAACAGCAGCAGCAGCAGCAGCAGCAGCUGCGGGAGCAACAGGAUCAAUAA